AAAAAACCUACUGUGGUCGGGGGCAGCGCGGUUGGCGUCUCGGGAGCUGAUUCCACAGUUGUUGCCAGCUCCUGGGCAUAGUUAUGUUUCGCUCCAUUGGGGGGUACGUUCUUGAGGCUUGGCUGCUGCCCGAUGUCUGUCCGGACAAUCGCUCCUGCUGCCUUGACCACCGCCAUCCUCGCGUGUCCAGCCGCUACGUCCACCUAAACCCGCUCCAGCUCUUGGUCAAGAAGUGAUCCUCGCCCCUCCGAGCUCUCGGGUUCCUGCGCGGCGAGGUCAUUCCUGCUCCGAGACUGAACGAGGUGCCCAAGGAUAACCUCGUCCCGAAGGUUGCAUGGGAAGAGACAGAGAUGCCUCUCGCGUGCGUCCUCUCCCUCAAGAUUUGCUUUUUCGGGACAGACCCCCCGCGAUGUACUCCCGGGAGACUCGGCGAUGCCGGUGAACAUCCCACGCACGAUCUCUCGUGUGUACUUCCCACCAACCUCUAUAUCGCCAGCCUUCGCGCGUUCGGCUGCUAGCCACUUCGCCGCGUCCUUCCAAUACACGAUUCCCCUUGCCCGACCGCUACCUCCACCCUAGAACGCACUCUCUCCACCGCAGAAGGAACCCCCGCCGCUUCCCCAGAUACUUCACCAGCACCUGAGGGCCGUGCUUGGAGUAACUCGGACGCACCAGCCACCUCGGACAUGCGGACGGGUGGCUCUUGCAACGAGGUCGGGGCAACACUUGCCUCGGUUCCACUACUGACUGACGUACGAGAUGAGUUGGUACCUGCCGGCACGCACUGUUCACUACCAUCCGGCUCCUGUGACGCCGAGGUGGCGGGAACAACAUCAGGUACGCUACCGGGUGCGGUUUGGGAUGAGGUAGUGGGAGCAACGACAUCGGGUCCAGUACCGGCUGGCGUUUGCGAUGCUAACGUGGACCUCCAGUGCAGAUCCCGCAUAUAGCAGGCUUGGCAACGCAAGGAAGCCUCACACGAAGACCCC